AUGCUCCUUGGUCUUUUGUUCAGGCGAAACGUUGUCAUUCGCUUUCUCUGGCUUCCACGCUUCGCUCCGAGAGGAAAGACUUCCGUUGCGGUUCCAGUUACUGCCGACCUCCUCGGCGCCUCAACGGGCGACGCGACUCGGCUAGCGACAGAAGAAGGGUCGGAGAUCUAUGCCCUGAAAACCCGGAACUUGCCAGUUCGACUUUGUCUUGUAUUUCAAGCGUUUUUUUGUGUUGAGGUGACAGCUGGCCCGGCUCCUCCCUCAGACUACCCUCCUGUCUCCUCUUCCCGCCCUGGUCCGUCUUUCUCUCUGCUUCCUUCUCCCCUCUUUUCCUUCGAAAGGCGUGACCAGGGAGACGCCUGUUCGCUACCCGACAAAGAUGCAGGUGUCGUUACCCCUGCAGGGACGGACUUGUUUGUCGACGUCAGUCGAGAAAUCCGAAUCAUCGAUGCACUGACAGAGAUUCAGAAAGAUCCGCUCAUUGCGGCGAACUGCGUCGAUCACGGCGCAGCCCUAUCCGAGGCCGGCUCUUCUCUCCUCCAGCCUCUGUCUUCGCGUCAGCAGCUCGCCUCGCCUUCCCCUGUCUCCUCUUCUCAUCGCCGUCCUCUCCCGUUAGGCGAACCGGAUCUCCAACUGGUUUCCAGACCCUCGCCGGGUCUCCGAAGGAGACAGGGAGACAACGACAGCUCGGCAGACGGCGCAAUCCUGAAGGGGCAUUCCUCGUCUUUGUUUCCUCUCCCGAACCCCUCCACGAGAAGACAACUCGAACAGCUCCUCGGCCGUCACCGGUCGUGCAGUGCAGCAGCCGGUCCUCGCGCCAAUGCGUCUGGAGACGCCCCGCGUCCUUCGGCGUACGGUCCCUGUCCCCCCCCCUCUUCUUCCUCUCCUCAGCCGCGUGGCCGGGUCGAACAGAACAGCGCAUGCAUGCGGGCGGCUUCCCGCGCUCGACAGGAGGCUCACGCGAAGACCACCAGAGAGCUCGACAGCCGGCGAAGCGACCUGGACUCUCGCGAACUGGAGAAGCGAGGCGACGAGAACAUACCGGAGACAGAGGGAGAAGACGGAACGCCAGCUCGCGGGCGGUUUCGACAGGGAGGCGACUGCAGUGAGGAAAAAGGCGAGGCAAGAUGGACCAGAACGAUGGCGGAGUUCGUGGAAGAAGACGGAAACGUUCCCCGAAUGAGUCAACUCGCGGACUUCCUCAAGAGCUGCCCCGUCGGGCCAUCUUCUCCACGCGGCAGCCUUUUUGGAGCGUGCGACAGGGAACAGAGAGACGACAGCACAUCGAUCGCAGCAGAAGCAAACGCCGACAGUCUCUCGGGCUCCUUGUCCGGGAAUCAAGCAGCGGAUGAUCGCCGAGACGCACGAGAAGACGGGAGGGCCGAAGAAGGUCCAUUCCAACGUCCAGAGGAGGUGCGAGGAACGCCUCUCUGUCGGAGAAAACGCGACUUCCCGGCCAACGGACGAGGCAUUUCGUCUCCGCGGGAGAGCUGUCCGGCGUCCUGUCGCUACACAGGACUCGCGGAACCCCACGGUGUCCCGCCUGGCUCCUUUUCGGCGUUCGCAAACAGCGACAACGAACGCCUGCGCGCCUGGGCUCGGCAGGGCCCUAGUGCUGAGGCCUUUGACCGCCUCGACCUCGUUUCGCGGCGGCUCGGGAUCCCCGACAAGAAGACUCCAGCGGAGGCGCACCUUCGCCCCGCAGGUGUCGCCUCGCCCACCUCGCGGUCGCCGCUGCGGCUCCAAGACAGCAAAGCGGAAGGCAGCGCUUGGGGGCGUCUGACGAACGACUUGGAUGCGUAUCGUUGGAAGCAGUUGAUGGAGCCGUCGUCGACGUUUCUCUCCGCGCCCGUGGCGACGUUGGGCCGCAGUCGCUCGCCUCAGGAGGGCGGCGACUCCGAAGGCGGCGCGAGCGAAGAGAGAGGCUGCGGGACAUGUGCGGCGGAGAUGAAGAGGUCUGCUGCUGCCGAGGCAGAGACGCGAGAGAUUCUUGAAGCGUACGAGGCAGCCCGAGUCAAAUUGCUCGCCAAAAGCGACGAGGAGGCCAUGCAUGCGGCGGUGUCCAACUCUCUGCAUCAAGGCGAAAGAGCUCUAGGGAAGCUCGAAGCUGUGACCCGUCGACUCCUCAACACAGCCUGUCGCUCUUCGCAGUCUGCAGACCCGACGUCGCGCUCUUCGUCCUCGGCUUCUGCUUCCUCGUCGGCGGAUUCUUUCUCGGGCGGAGACAGCGAAGGCGCGUCAGAGGCGACGACGGUUGCGCCGAAUUGUCCCUUCGCCUCUCCUGAGGGAGAGGGAAGAGGCUUUGCUGCGGAGGGAGACGGUCUCUGUGGGGACGGGCGAGACGGGAAACGAGACGCACUGCAGGAAAAACUGUGGGAAAGCGAGAGAGAAAUUCACUCCAAAGACGAAGAAAUCGGCCGGACGCUUCAAGCCGUCGCCGACUCCCAGGCAGAGCUCGCCCGGUGCAAACAGCAGCUUCAGGAGUGUCGCUCGGAAGCGCUCGAGGCCACGAAGAAAGCCGCAGCGGCUCAGCGGCUGGUCAAACUUCUUCAGCAGAAACGCCAGGAAGAUCGAGAGAGAUGGCGACAGGCGUUGGAAGAGUGCAGCAGAAAGCGAAGAAGUGACACAGGAAGCGACGAAAGAUCACACUCAACGUCUACACCGGGCGGCGACGAGGAACACGCAAAAGCAUCGCUCUCUCGUGCUUCUUCCGCGUCCUCCUCUUCCUGUUCGUCCAGUUCUCGCUCGCGCUCAUGUGCCUCUUGUUCUUCCUCUUGCUCUUCUUGUUCGUCCUCACGCUCCUCUUCUUGUUCUUGUUCUGCUUCCUCUCCUUCCUGUUCUUCGUGUUCUUCUUCCUCUUCUUCCUGUUCUUCUUCCUGUUCUUCUUCCUGUUCUUCUUCCUCUUCUUCCUGUUCUUCUUCCUCUUCUUCUUCCUCUUCUUCUUGUUCUUCCUCUUGUUCUUCCUCGGGUUCCGCUUCGCACUUCUCUACGUCUUCGUGCGCCGCGUCUCUGCUUUCUUCUUCGUCGGGUUUUCUCUUUCCCCUGGAAGAGGAGGAUUUCCCAGAGGUCCAGCAAUUCCUGGAGGAGGAGUACGAGGCGGAGACGCGGAACUACCAGGCGCGGAUUGAAGAGCUGCAGGCGCUGCUGGCGGACCGGAACGCAGCUGUCCAGCACCUGGAGGUGAAGGGGGAGGCCUUGCGCAAUGAGAUUGCCUUUCUGCAGUCGAUGACUGAGGAGUUGAAGAAGGCGCGAGACGCGGAAGAAGACCAGAUGCUGGCCACGCUGCGACAGCAAGUGGAGGAGGCAGAGGAAACCAAUCUGCGUCUCGGGAGGGAGAAGGAACAGCUGCGCAGCGAACUGGAUCGCGUGCGCGUCUCCUUCACGAAGCAGCUUGCGGCUCUGGAGACGCUGAACUGUCGCUUGCGGAAAGAGAAGGAAAUCUUUGCAGACCGCGAGAAGAGCCAGCGGCGCCUCCACCAGGAGGAAUACCAGAGAAUGGAGAGAGAGUUGCAUGCGCUCAGGUCCGAAAAAGAGGCGGGAGAAGCCGAACUUCUCGCCCUGUCCAGCGCCAAGGCCGCCGCAGAAAUGAAGUGCGAACAACUCGAGCAACGGCAAGAGCACCUCAAGACACACCAGGAGCGCCUCUACGGGAACCUCCUUCAUUUGAAAAACAAGGCUCAGGGCCUCGCCCUCACGCGAAAGUGCCAGGCGGGCGCUGCGCACCGAGAGACACCAGAAGAAGGAGAAAGCUCACACUUCGACACGGCUUCCUUCAGGCGUUUCGCCUCGUCAACCUCACACGACGGCUCUUCCGCGUCGGCCUCGAACGCCCUCACGUCACCCGCGGAGGGAACCGCAAACCUCUUUUCUUCUCCCUCUGGUUCGGGAAGCAGUGCGUCUCCAGAGGCCUCGGCUAGCCGGUCUCGGUCUUCGCCUUCAAGUUCGUCGUGCCUCGCGUCUUCGCCUUUCUGCCCUUCGAGUUCUAGCUCGAAGCGCGAGGCCUCGGGAACUCGCGAGCGCAUGCACAGUAGGAGUGGGUCGGGCCUUCAGACUUCGCUCUCGUCUUGCGCCUCUUCGAGCGCCAACGUUUUCACGCAGAGUGAAGGGACUCUCCGCAGUCGCUCUGGCGUCUUGACCUCUGCUUCGCGUCCCCCGCUGCCUUCUCCGCCGGUGUCGUCGCUGGGUGCAUCGUCGCAGGCGGCCAGGGAUCUCGAGACGAGGGAGACUGGGGGCUUUUUCGAACGACUCUCCUCGCGCCUGCAGUCCAUGCGGGAAGAGUCUGAGCGUCGCCAGCACGCGUUCCCCGCCCUGCCUCCCGCGAUGCUGUCUCGCGAGCGGCAGGCGCAGCUGUCGGAGGCUGGCUUCUCAGACCGCGAGGGAAGGAUGCAGACCGGCCAGUCUGCCGGGGACAGCUCGCCUCCUUCCAGCUUGCCGCGACUCUUCUCACAGAGUGGGACCUCGUCGGCUUCUCGUCGGACAGACGCGUUUCUGGGUUUUGGUGGAGACCAGAUGGAACGAAAAGACGACGGCAUUCCGUUUCCUUCCUCUUCCUCGCAAGACGAGAAACGCGGCGACGCCGGCGCAGAGCGAGACAAGACGUGUUUCACAGCACGACAAGAAGCCGGACAUCUCCGGGGGCUCCCCUCGAGUGGCGAGAAUGAGGAGUCAGUUACUUCUUCCGCUCUUUUCGCCCGAGCAAAACAGAUGAAAAACUCUGGACAUUACUCGGAGCAGACGCCUCCCGACCUGCACGCACGCAGCGAGGCCUCCGCCAGUCCCGACAGUGAAGAAUGCGACGAAGAAGGUGACGAGGCGUCUGUGACCGGGGAGGAAGACGAGAGAGAAUCAGGGACACUGUCCUCUUCUCCCCGUCGGCGGCCUUCCCAAAGAGAGAGCAGAGACGACGCGAGAAGUCGAAACACCGCUUCAGCCUCGUCGAGUUCGUACUCUCUUUAUCGCCAGGGCGACUACUCGAGAGAAGGAUCGCAAGGCGGCCCGCCUCCGGACUUCCAGUUCUCGGAGGCUUCUUCCUCUUCGUCCUCUUCCUCUUCGUCCUCUUCCUCUUCGUUUUCCCCUUCCGUCCCCUCUUUCUUCAACUCGUUGAACUCUGGAAGCUCGUCCUCAGCGCAAACGAAAGAAGAGGAAAGGCGCAUCGAGGGCGACUCCCGUGCUUUCUCUCGCGCCCGUCUCGGCGGCCGGCCCUCCAGUCAGGGCCGAGUGGACUCUGAGCGCGCUAAGAAGCGAGAAAGAAACGCGAAGGCGCCCCACACCGCCCAGCCUCCCACGGUUUCUCCUCGCAAGACCGAAGGCUUACCCGCGAGGCCACCAAGAGAAGACGGAAAAAGGAGGAAAGACGACCAACGCAGCGAGACGCAACCCAAGACAGACGAAGAAGGCCGGCAGGGAAAACGGAAGGAGACAGACAGACGCCCGCGCCAAUCUUCGUUCGUCGACGACGGCGAAGGCUGUCGGGUGUCUCCCUCAGCUCUUCCGCGUGGAGACUGCACGGUCGGGCGCAGUCAACCCCUCGAGCGUGGACGCCCUCUGAGCGCGUCGCCUUCCCGUCGUCCUUCCCCUUCCAAAGAUCCAACGCAGCCUUCAGGGACUCCGCCUGCAGCGACUUUCCCCCACGCCCAUGAUCUGCGUGGAGAGCCUUGCUGCCACCGAAGAUGUGAAGGGAACCGCGCGUGUCCAAAACUAGAAGGCGAAGAAGGGCCGGAACUCUGUGCCCGCAGGCAUCGGCCAGUCCCAGGCAGAGAGAGGCCUUCGGGCGCUUGUCACGCGAACAAUUCCCUUGUGGACCACGGGAGAAACUGCCAAGCUGGAACAUCAACAGGCACUUCACGUAAACAGCCUGCUAAUGCGUCCUCCACUUCCUCCUCUUCUUCCGCCUCUUCUUCCCCGUCCUCUUCUUCUUCGUCGUCCUCUUCUUCUUCGUCGUCCUCUUCUUCUUCCUCGUCAUCUUCGGCGCGGACGGGAGACAGAUACUCAGGUGACGCUGGGCGAAGAGAGGGAACUGGAGACAGCGGACAGCCCAGAGAGCGCCUUGCAGGUGAAUGUGGCGAGGCAAGGUCAUCGAGUCUCGCAGGAAGAGAAGAUUCUUCCCGGUGGAGUAUCCCGAACGAGCGAAGCUCGGAAGGCAUCAUUUCCGUUGCUGCGGAGGGUUCGUCCUCGCGUACACACGCCCCUCGCGAGGUUCGGGAGGCCGACGAGCGAGACGCAGCCGACGCGCGUGACCGCACAAAGGGCCGCCCAGCCGACAGCUCCUCCACCCCGCGCGGGAGUCCCGCUGACGGCAGAACUUCUGACCCGAGAUGCGCGAACGCUUCUUCAUCUUAUCCUUCGGAAAGAAGAACUGAGUUCCCGUCCCCGACCGCCUCUGACUGCCCUUCAAAAGAACGUCUCUGUGGGGAGGCGACCGGCGCGGCGAGCCUUGGGGCCAGAGACGGCUGUGGAGAGAGACAAUCUGUUUUCCACAGCUCGGCGCGAGAAGCGAAUGAAAGCCGUUUCGUUGCGCGUGCGCGGGAAGUCGCGGAAGACGCUUGCUGCCUUGAGACGCUGCGCAGAGACGCCCCGCCUUCGCGCGCCUUGAGGGACAUGACGCACCUGCGCGUCACGAGUCGCACCGCCGCGGAAAUCGACGCAUACAGGCGAAAAACGCAUCCCGCAUGCCACUAUCAGGAGCAUCUUGCUGCCUGUCCCUCCGCUGUCUGCUUGCGAGGCGCUGCCGGCGAUCAGCCGCCUGCUUGCAGACAGCAUCUCCCCGGCCUCGAAAAAGAAAUCCUUCCCGGCUGCUGCCUGUUGCCAGAAGAGACGAAAGAGAGGGGGGAUCGUGGGACAUGCGUGCAUGCGCAGUGGAAGGCCCUUGGAGAUGAAGAGAGUCUCGGUGAACAGAUGUGGCGUGCGGAGGAAGGACAGCGGGAGUGGGAAGAAGAGACAGGGAGGGCGAGGCGAGGGACUGGAGAGGAGACAGGGUCUCGCAGAGCUGCAGGUGUCUCCGAGGCCGGUCGAGGAACGUUCUUCUCGCCUUCGCAGCUUCGCCCGCAAAUGGAGGACGAGCAAAGACAGCGAGAGGCGGAACUCGCAGUUGAGAAGGUUGCGAGAGAUGCCGAUCGAAACGCCUAUUCUCACGAGCAUGUCCAGAGUCUGAAAGAGAAGCUCCUGCGGACGACGCAAACGAACGAACUUCUCCGCAUGCAAGGCAGGGAACUCGCGAGGAAAAAUCGACAACUCAGAGAGCAGCUCUUCGGCGAUCCAACGCCUCUUCCGUCUCUUUCUUCGAUGGAUUCUUCUCUGCCUCCCUCGCGCCAGCCGUCUCGCAAGUCGUCCUCUGUGUCUUUGCAACUUCCGCGGAGGCUCUCGCUGGGCGCGGACAUCGCGCCGGGAGGCUUUCCGCCUUUUGCCCCUGUGGAUCAUGUGUGCGCGGGAAGUCGGGAGAGAGGCCGAGAGAAAGCUUUCCGAUCUGACGAAAGUAUGUCGUUUUUCGCCCGAGAUCCCGAGUUCCCCUCUGAGUCUCUCCUGGGCGACAUCAAGAGCAGUUCUUCGUUUCUGGAGCCUAUCGAGGGACACUCUCAGUGCGGCGGAUUGAGCCCCCGGUGGAGAGAAGACGCGCGAGCGAAGCAGCAUGGCGCUCGCGAUGAAUGCGAGCCUUGCGCCUUUUUCAGCAACAGCGGCGUCGAAGAAGAGGCAGCCGUUCGCCGACAUGUGGAUGUGCGCGGACACCCAGGGGAGCCCCACCUUUCGCCUCCACUUCCAGCUCAGCCGCAAAGGACAGAGGACGAGGUCGCGUACGUCCCGUCUCAUCUGUCGUCCCAGAGCAUUCUUUCUUCCUUCUCCGACAGGUGUUGCCGUAGCUUCUUUCCCGAGGGCGAGGCGAGAGGAGACUGCGAGGAGAGCGUGCAGUUUCCGCUUGUGCAAGACCAGUCCUACAGCUCGCCUCGCUAUGGCUACUCCGCUUCAGAUCCUCGUCUCUGUUCUUCGCUCGCUUCGUUCUACGAAGGAGACUGUCUGCCGCUAGAGAACGACGGGGCCGAAGGCCGGGAAGGCGGCGCGAGACAACCUGUGUGGGGCGAGAGAGAAGAUCAAGGAGACACUUGGGGGGCAAGGCCCGAGAGCCCCAGGCACGAUGAGGACUGCUGCGCUUCGCAGCGACGCGAAGAAGCGCAGCGGGGAAGACGCGUGGACGAAGGCUUUGUGUACAACGACGGAAGAGGAGAAGAAAGCCGGUUCAUCUCUCCUUCCUUCUCGACACCCGUGUUCCUGCCUCUCCGCGGAGGUGACUGCCAUCAAGGCGGAGUUGCGUUCGGCGCGGAGCCUUCGUGUCCAUCGCAGGCGGCCGGCGACAAACUGUGCAGAGGCAUCGACUCCAGCUUGCCGUUCGCCUGUGGAAAUGAGGCCGAAGCAGAAAGCGGAACUUCGAGAUGCUGCGCUCAAGCACGAGGAAGAGAUCGAGGAGAGGAAGGGCGAUCUGCGGAGAAUGCGGGUCACGUGUGUGGUUCUGCGCCGCCGGCAUGCUCUCCACUUUCUUCUUUGCCGGAGGCACCAUCACUCACAGCUCCCGCAGGAUCUGUCUGCCAUUCUCAGCCUUUUUUACCGUCUUCUGUUUCCUCCGGUCGUGCCGCACCGGAGUCGCUUCUCUCGCCGCCAGUCGACGACGCUCCUAAGCAGGCCGGCGUGUGUGGCUCAGUGUGUGUUGAUAAAGAUUCAGGAAAGUGUUGCGAGGAGGACCCUGGUUCUGGAAGGAGGCAAGAGACCAGCCUCGAAUCUUUUUCCUCUUCUUGCUCGGCAUCCUCUGCCCCCGCGCUUGCUUCCGCUCGCGCGUUCCUCCCCCCUUCUCCUGAUCCGAAGGAGGCACGCGGUGGGGCGAACGACGGAGCAGAGAGAUCCGCAGAAUCCAAGAGCGAGCGGAGGAAAGCUGCAGCGUCUCUUUCUUCUCGUGCUUCGAUCUUCACCCCUUUCGCGUCUUCUGCGCCUGCCUCCAUUCCCCGCCUGUCUCUCUGUCCAGCCGCCUCAAGCGCGCAGGGCGAAAGAGCACCAGCAGGCGCAGAACAGGCACUUGGAGGAAACGGAGAGGCUACAACCGAAGAAGGGAAGAAGCAAGACAGCGCUUCGCCUCCUCGUCUGGGCGUCAAAACGCCCUCGACUUUGGUCGCAAGGGAGGGCCCUGUGUCGCUUCCGCUGGAGGUUCCGAAAAGACAGAAUCCGCGCGAAGGCAAAGUCGUGUCGGCUACCGCCGAGAGGCAAGGACGAGUGGAGGGAGAGAGAGAAGCGAGAAGCCCCGCGGAAAGGAAAGGGAGUCGACUCGUCUGCGGUGAGUCGGAGACACCCGGCGCAGCUUCGCCGGCGCACCCCCGCCCCGGCUCAGCUCGCAAGCCUCGAGACCGGGAAGGCGACGAGAGCAGGGAGUCUCUGCCUGUUCUUGUGGCAUCUUCCUCCCAGGAGACACUUUCUUCUUUGUCUGGUGAGGCUGAAGCGCGCCAGGAAACCGGCCAGAAGUUCGAGAAAGCGGAGACAGGAUCCGAAGCGCGGAGACCAGCAGAGGCGCCGGCGACCGCGACGAGCAAACACGGGGUCAGAGAAGAGGAAAAUGCGGAGUAUGAAGACGCUGGACGAAAAGAGAGGGCAAACGGAAUGUCGGGAGAAGAGAAAGGAGAGGAAACCCGUGCCAUGGAUCCAGGGAAAACUCCAACGCGAGGCGAACCCACAGAUACAGCAGACGAAGAGGACGGAGACAAAGGGGGACGAGAGGAAGAGAGACGCGGAGAGGAGUGGGUUUUGGAUUUGGAGCCUCGACCACUCGACAGGCAAGAAUUGACAAACUUGGCGAGAGACAAGGAAAGCAAGGAAGACAAUAUGGGCACAGGUUUACACGUGGGGGCGCUGACUCCGAGCCUUCCCGUUCCGCCAGCGCGGUGUGACAAGGAAAGCUGCCUAUGUGAAGCAGUUCCAGGCGAGGCACAGACGCCGACCGAAAGUGAAACGGAGUCGGAAGGCGGCCAAGCAGACGCACCAGACCUUGAAAGGAAGGAGGAAAAUCAGCGCGAGCAGGAGGAACUGCAGAGACUGCAGUCGCUCCUUCAGGCUCGGAAACGCGGCGAGGCAGCCAGAGGCGGAACUGAAACCGACGGUCCCGGCCGAGAAGCCAAUGGCGACGGUGUUGACAAGGCAAAAAUUGCGAGAUGCCGACUUGCCCUCGCGGGCGUCAUUAAGGAAGGCCUCUUCGGCUUCUUCCUGUUCUGCGCGAUCGUCUCUCUCCUGUUCGUCAUCUGGUUUCUGGCGAGAAGACAGCCCUGA